CACACACACACACAAACAUAUAAAGUAUAUAUAUGUAAUAUUUAUUUUUAUAUUUAAAAAGUCCCAAAAAAUAUACACUUUGAAAAAUUUACUUGUUUUCAUCUCUCUAGAGGGAGAGAGAGAGAGAUUUUCUUAUAAUAAACUAUAUAUUAUCGAUUAUACAUUGUAUUUAAAAAAUUCAAAAAUUACAUAUUUUUAAGAGGUAAAAUAUACAACUCCAAUUCCAAUGAAGUUGGGAUGUUGUGUUAAACAAAUAAAAACAGAAUACAAUGAUUUGCAAAUCAUGUUCAACCUAUAUUUAAUUGAAUACACUACAAAGACAAGAUAUUUAAUGUUCAAACUGAUCAACUUGAUUGUUUUUAGCAAAUAAUCAUUAUCUUAGAAUUUUAUGGCUGCAACACGUUCCAAAAAAGCUGGAACAGGUGGUAAAAAAGACUGAGAAAGUUGAGGAAUGCUCAUCCAACACCUGUUUGGAACAUCCCACAGGCUAAUUGGGGAAGAGGUGGGUGCCAUGAUUGGGUAUAAAAGGAGCUUCCCUGAAUUGCUCAGUCAUUCACAAGCAAAGAUGGGGCGAGGUUCACCUCUUUGUUAACAAGUGCGUGAGAAAAUAGUCGAACAGUUUAAGGACGAUGUGUACCUCUUUCUUUGGUGAAGAUGCACUGCUGGCGUCGUAGUUUGUGCUGUCGCUCAACCACCAUGUCCAGGAAGUCAAACUUUAAGCACAAAUAAUCAUAAAUAAAACAAUGUUAAUCAUAAGCAACUUUCAUGCACAUUUGUGGCUUUAAAAUAUAAAAAAGACAUGAAUACUGUACGUGUUAAAAGAGCAGGAACAUUUUAACUGUUUAUGGCUUUCGUAAUGUAUUUUGUAUUAUAUACAUUAAAUAUCCCAAAUAAACUCCUAAAAGUGAACUAAAUUAAAAGGUAAAUAUAUGUGGGGUCGCUCACAUUUUAAAAAUUGAUUAAAAUGUUAGAAAUUGUAAUGUGUGUACAGUACCCGCCCGGCUUAGCAAAGUAAAACUACAUUAGGAGUGAACCAAAACUAAAAUGAAAUAGAAUUAGUUCAAUAAAACACAUUUAAAAAAAAACUUUCAACCUUAAUGUCUUGCCAUGUCACUCUAAUCUGGCCAGGGCCUUAAGAAUCAUUACUGCUACCUCAUAUGACUUCCAACUAUACGGUGGUGCCUUGACGUACACGUUUGAUUUGUCCUGUUACCGUACUCAUAUCUCAAAACAUUUCUGUUAAAUAUAUUAUAGAAGUUAUCAUUUAUUUGCUUAGCUUGCAUUAGUAUGAUGGACAAUUUUAGAUGUUUCGCCUUCAAAAAGAAGACUCAGCAUCAUCCAUGGAAGGACGCUUGGACCAAGGACGUGAUCGGAUGUGGUCGGGUCGGGACAGGUGUUGAUCCAAUAUUAUGUGUUGUGUCUUAUUGCUUAGAACAUUAUGAUUGUAAAUCCCUCCUAUUUCAAAUAAAUGCAGGAGCGAGGGGGGGGGAUUGUUUAGAGCGUGUUGAGAGACUGUGAUCUGAACAAUCUCCCAUACGCCCUCCUCAUGAGAAAAAGUAACAAGCGUCUUCAUUCCUUUUGUGUCUAUUAUAAUGUUGGGUAAGAUUAAUCUAACAUGAAUUGGUCCUUCGAGCCGGAUGUCAACACACCCGAAGAUUCCAGUUGUGGAGCUGACAUCCAGUUAAGAGACCGUGGCCACGGCAUUUGAGACCCUUUCCGGGACUGGUCUUCGGACUUCUCAACUGGGAUCUGGAGGUUGACGACAAUCCAAGGAUUGAAGACGACUUUGGUCUGACAAAUUAUUGUAGAACAUGGAUUCCAAACUAUGCAGAAAUUGUUGCACCAUUGUCAAAAUUGAUGUAUGAAACAAACCUUAAAAUGACAUCACCUAUUCAAUGGAAUACAGAGGCAGAAAAGGCCUUCUGUGACAUUAAACAACAUUUGGUGUCCAGCACUGCACUGGCCCUUCCAAAUUAUGAUAAACCAUUCAUUCAAAUGGUAGAUUGUAAAAACUAUUACAUGACCUCCGUACUUACACAACAAUACGGUGAUAAGCUAAGACCAAUAGCUUAUUUUUCGACUAAAUUAGACAACGUGACAUGUGCAUUACCUCAUUGUGUCAGAGCAGUUGUGGCAGCUUCAAUGGCAAUAGAAAGCAGUUCCAUAAUAGUGUUAUUUCAUCCAUUAACUCUUAAAGUGCCGCAUACAGUGUCUGCUCUACUAUUGCAAACCAAUAUGGCAUUUUUAUCACCUGCAAGGCAUUUAUCUUGCAUGGCCAUUUUGCUGUCACAACCACAUUUGACUGUUGAGCGAUGCACAACCUUAAAUCCAGCAACACUAAUACCAUUGCCUGAUGAAGGCACACAGCAUGAUUGUCAGGAAUUGGCUGAACAAACUGCUAAAUGUAGAUGUGAUUUGAAAGAUCAACCAUUAAGUAAUGGACAGGUUCUAUAUGUAGAUGGUUCUUCGAAAAAAGAUGAACUAGGUAAGACAAAAACAGGAUACGCGGUGGUAACUGAUACCAUUAUACUAAAAGCUGGGUCACUACCAUCACAUUACUCUGCCCAAGCUGCUGAAUUAGUAGCAUUAACCGAAGCAUGCAAACUAAUGAUAAAUAAAGAUGUUACAAUCUAUACUGAUAGCCAAUAUGCUUAUUCCACAGUUCAUGUGUUUGCGCAAUAUUGGGAUAACAGAGGAAUGAUUACGUCAACAGGGAAGCCAGUAACUCAUGCUGAAUUACUUAAACAAUUAUUACAGGCAGUGCAACAUCCGCGAAAAGUGGCAAUUUGUAAAUGUGUUGCGCAUACAUCAGGCACAGACAAGGUUUCUAAAGGAAACGCAUUCGCUGACAGAACCGCGAGAGAAGCAGCCUUUAAACCAUUUUUAGGUUUAAAACAACAGAUUGAACAACAAACAUUAGAUGACCAAACAUUAAAAGAUAUGCAACAACAAAGUCCACAACAAGAACGCAAUAAUUGGGAAAAACAAGGUGCAAAACUACAAAAUGAGAUUUACAUUAGCACAGAAGGGAAACAAAUACUUCCAAAAAACCUAUUUAAAUGGGCUGCGAUAUUGAGCCAUGGAAUAUCACAUGUCUCAACUGGAGGGAUGGUGGCACAGAUAAAUCGACACUUUACAACCUAUGGUUUCAAUUUAUAUUCAAAGAAUUAUUGUAGAGCAUGCAUGAUCUGUGCACGACAUAACCCGCAAGGGCAAUUGCGACCUACUCGAGGUACAUUCCCAGUGCCUACAUACCCUUUUCAACGCAUUCACAUGGAUUACAUAGAAUUAAGUCAAAGUGAAGGAAAGAAGUACUGCUUGGUUAUCAUAGAUGCAUUUUCUAAAUGGAUCGAAUUAUUCCCAACAAAAUCACCUGAUGCUCUGACGGUGGCAAAAGCACUAUGUAAAGACAUUAUUCCAAGAUAUGGCAUACCUGAAACCAUUUACAGUGACAAUGGGACUCAUUUUGUAAACCAAAUAAUUAAUAAAAUAGGAACCAUGUUCCACAUCAAUUUAAAAAACCAUUGUGCUUACCACCCUCAGAGUGCAGGUCUAGUGGAAAGAAUGAAUGGGACAAUAAAAAAUAGACUGAAAAAAUGUAUGGAAGAGACAGGAAGGUCAUGGACACAGUGUCUUGACCUCGUUAAAAUGUACAUCAACAUUACAAGCACCACAGGUUUAACACCUUACGAAGCGUUGUUUGGAAGACCUUAUAGACUUCCGUUAUUUAAACAAAAAUGGGAACUUGAUGACGAAACAAACUUAGCUGAUUACAUGAGAAAGUUGUUAGAGAAACAAAAUGUUUUAAAAGAAUCUGCUAAAAGUAAAUAUGUUUCCCAGCAGGAAACCAAGUUGGUUGGACCGGGAGACUGGGUCCUAAUUCGAAGCAUCAAAAAGAAGCACUGGCAUUCACCAAAGUGGGAAGGACCGUAUCAAGUGUUAUUGACAACACCAACAGCCCUAAAAAUAGCAGAAAGAAAUACGUGGGUUCAUUUAACACACUGUAAAAGAGUCAUUUCAGCUGAGUACUCAAAUAAGGAAGGUGAGCUCAAGUCUGAUAACGGAGCGGGAGCAGAUGUGUAGAUUCUGAAAACGCUUGCUGGUCAGUGAAGAAAAAAGACACCAACCCGUUUAGUGAGAACUCAGCAGAAUGGCACACCCACAUUGGUUACGACAUUUGAUAAGCGGAUACGUAGUAAUUUCGGCUACUAUGGUGUUGGUUUUGUUUUUGUGGUACAUGGGACGUCCCACCCUAAAUGAUAGAACCCAUUUUUUUGAUGAAAAAUCACCUACCAACUGGACCAAUAUGACAAACCCAAUAAUAACAAAAAUUGGAUCAUUAACUCGUGUCAAAAGGGGUACAACUGAUAAUCAAGUUUGUGGGCAUGGCCUCCAAACACGGCAAAAGGGUUUAAUAUUUUGUGCCCCCCAAAAUCAAGCUGCUUUAAUCAUAAUUCCAUAUGCGGCUCUCACAAAUGACGCUCAAGAGAAUGGGCAAAAUUGGGGAUAUAGAUAUGACUGGUAUGCAACUAUAGGCUUUAAAUGGGAAGACCUUAUUGGUGAAACAGGUUAUGAUUGGUCUAGUUGGUCAAAAAGAACAGCAAAAGAACAUAGAAAGAAAUUUAAUUUAAGCAAAACGGUCCAUAGUUUAAUAUUGAAAUACGAAUCAAAUCAACCAAUGUGUUUGACGGUGAGCUUGUGGGCAUAUACUGGCGGAAAAGAUCCCCACUUCCAAGUAUCAUUGUGUUAUGGGAACCAUGUCGAACCAGAAAUGCCAUCAGAAACUUCAAAUAAAGGUGGAUACAUUUUAACGAUUAACGAAAUAACUACUGAUGAUUGGUUUCUUGUUGUCACAGGAGUUUCAGGACAAAAUAAUAAUUGGUUAUUAUUGGUGGAACAAGCAGCAAAUGUAACGAGAAAAGAUUGUGUAGUUUGCAUGGGUCCCAGGCCUUUGUUGCGCAUAGUUCCGGCACAAAUAUCACAAGAUUGUAUUAUUCCAUUAAUGAACGCUACUGUACCAACAAAGAGGUGUAAAUCAUGGGAUCCUAUAUAUCCCGUAACAGAAGCAGAUAAACACAAACCAAUGUUUUCUACUUUAGUAGCACCAAAUAAUUUCACUUGUAUAAACAUGAUUAAUAAAGGAAAAAAAUUAGGACCACUGAACGACACACAGUGUAAAGUAAUCUUAAAAGUCAAACCAAAUUUUGUGCCAAUAUCACGGAGCGACAUCUGGUGGUGGUGCGGAGAUGAUAGACUGUUUGAUAGAUUACCUAAAGAUAAAUCUGGAUUAUGCGCUAUUAUUACUUUGAUAUUGCAUGUGUCAGUAUACCCUAUUCCUGUUCAAAAUUUAAUGGAAAGGACACCAAUGUUUUUGUCCAAUCUAGAACAUAGACAAAAAAGAGAUUUGUCCUGGCAGGGGCAAAAUAAUCCAACAUACAUAGACGCCAUAGGAGUUCCUCGUGGGGUGCCAAAUCAAUACAAAUUGGCUGACCAAGUUGCAGGAGGAUUUGAGUCUUUCAUAUGCUGGUGGUGUACGAUUAAUAAAAAUGUUGAUAGGAUAAACUACAUCCACUUCAAUGUACAGAGAUUAGGUAAUUGGACUCAGAGUGGGUUGGAAGCUGUGCAUGAGCAGCUCAAGGCUACCUCUUUAAUGACGUUCCAGAACCGCAUAGCUGUCGACAUGCUCCUCGCAAGAGAGGGAGGUGUUUGCGGUAUGUUUGGAGAACAAUGUUGUACAUACAUUCCAAACAAUACUGCUUCGGAUGGGAGCUUGACCAGAGCCAUCGAUGGUCUACGGACCCUCAAUCACAAGAUGAAGAACCACUCUGGGGUGGACACUUCUUUGUGGGACAGCUGGAUGGACGUCUUUGGUAGAUAUAAAACCCUAAUUUCACCAAUAUUGAUAUCAAUUGCUGUUUUUGCAGCCAUUCUGACAUUAUGUGGAUGUUGUUGUAUCCCAUGCAUUCGGUCAUUAAUCAGUAAAUUAAUCACCACAGCCAUAACCCCCAUGGAGAAUCGUCUGGAGCUUAUGUAUCCCUUACUGUAUGAUGAUAAUGAUGAAAAUGAUGAUAAUGAUGAUUUUGCUUUAACUGAUUUGUUUCCUGAUACAGAUGAUUACGAUAUUUAAACUACAACAUUCAUAUAUGACAGGUUUACUCUGAGUGUAAAUGUAUUUGUUUCAUAAAAAUGAUUCUACAGUUAAAAAUCGAAAUGAAGUGACUGUAAGAUGAUAUGAGAAUUUGUGCAAAUACAUGAUAAACAGGAGGGAAAUGUUAAAUAUAUUAUAGAAGUUAUCAUUUAUUUGCUUAGCUUGCAUUAGUAUGAUGGACAAUUUUAGAUGUUUCGCCUUCAAAAAGAAGACUCAGCAUCAUCCAUGGAAGGACGCUUGGACCAAGGACGUGAUCGGAUGUGGUCGGGUCGGGACAGGUGUUGAUCCAAUAUUAUGUGUUGUGUCUUAUUGCUUAGAAUACUAUGUCUGGGGAAAAACCCUCUUAUUAUCAAAUAUUUUGUGUUGUGUCUUAUUACUUAGAAUAAUAUCAAAUAUUAUGUGUUGUGUCUUAUUGCUUAAAAUACUAUGUCUGGGAAAAAACCCUCUUAUUAUCAAAUAUUCUGUGUUGUGUCUUAUUGCUUAGAACAUUAUGAUUGUAAAUCCCUCCUAUUUCAAAUAAAUGCAGGAGCGAGGGGGGGGGAUUGUUUAGAGCGUGUUGAGAGACUGUGAUCUGAACAAUCUCCCAUACGCCCUCCUCAUGAGAAAAAGUAACAA